GGCCAAGAGCGAUUCCGCACUAUCACGUCCUCCUACUAUAGACACGCUCGUGGUAUCAUUGUUAUGUACGAUGUUACUGAUAACGACACUUUUAUGAAUGUCAAGCAAUGGCUAUGGGAGAUAAACCGGUAUGCAUCUGAGGGCGUCAAUAAGCUGCUGGUUGGGAAUAAGAGUGAUCUCACCAGCAAG